GUUUGUAUCCAUUCAAGAGCUUGCCGUGGAUAGGUGCGUGUUGAAAAGGACACAGAUCUGCCAGUCAAGCCAAGCGAAGAGACGUUACAUUCAUUUACAAACUUCUUGAAAACAUUUGCAGAGACUGCAAACUCGCAAGGUUGUACAGCUUAAACAAGAAUUCUUUCUAACGAUAACCUCGAAGGUAUUUGCAACACCGCUUUCAGAUUUUCUUUUUUGCUUUGAUUGCGAAAACAUUAUGCAACUGGAAGACAGAUCUGCAAGACGCAUACUACUAGGAACUGCCACAUAUACUCAGUGAUUCAUUGUUAACUGCACUGGCAUGUAUGAACUGUAGUGUGGGGCACUAGCAUCUGCAUUCUAAGAUCCACAAUUUAUUUUCUCCAAAGGACAGUUUGUUCUUGUGUAUAUAUAUAUAUAAUAUAUAUUAUUAUUGUUUAAUUUGAUUCGGAAUCGAUUUUUUUUUUUUAAGAUUCAGGCGCACAUACCGUUCCAGUGUGUAUAUUGGCCACCGGUAUACAUUCAUUUUUCUCCAUCGCAUCCAAAGUGAUUUUUACUAAUGCUAGAUAAACUGAAACCCGUUAAUUUCAAUUCGGCAAUAACGACGAUGAGCAAGACCGUGGGUUGGCUGAAGGAGCAGCUCCAGACAGGCAAUGAUAACCUGCUGGUAAUGGACUGCCGAGCCCAGGAGCUCUACCAGUCCUCGCAUGUCGAGGCAGCCAUAAACGUGGCCAUCCCCAGCCUCAUGCUUCGGCGACUCAAGAAGGGCAACCUGCCUAUCAAGUCGUUGUUAGCUAACGGGGAGGACAAGGAGAAAUUUGUCCGAAGGUGUAGGACAGACACAAUCGUGCUUUACGAUGAGUACAGCUGCGAGUGGAAUGAGAACGUGGACGGGGACUCCGUGCUGGGGCUCCUGCUGAGGAGAAUGAAGGAUGAAGGCUACAGGGCUUUUUACUUGGAAGGUGGAUUUAAUACAUUUCAAGCAGAGUUUCCUGCACACUGCGAAACUAAUCUUGACAGCUCCUGCAGCAGCAGCUCUCCAAUAGCGCCAGUGCUCGGGUUAGGGGGGCUCAGAAUCAGCUCUGACUCUUCCGAUAUCGAAUCAGAUGUUGACCGGGACCCCCACAGUGCCACUGACUCUGAUGGCGGCCCGUUGUCCAAUACCCUGCCUUCUUUCCCUGUUGAGAUCCUGCCUCACCUCUACCUGGGAUGUGCCAAAGACUCCACCAACCUAGACAUUUUGGAAGAAUACAGCAUUAAGUACAUCCUGAAUGUGACCCCGAAUCUCCCGAACCUGUUUGAGAAUGCUGGGGAGUUCAAGUACAAGCAGAUCCCCAUCUCCGAUCACUGGAGUCAGAACCUUUCUCAGUUCUUUCCCGAGGCAAUCGGCUUUAUUGAUGAAGCACGCAGCAAGAAGUGUGGUGUUUUAGUCCACUGCUUAGCUGGGAUCAGCCGUUCUGUUACAGUGACCGUGGCAUACCUGAUGCAGAAGCUAAACCUGUCCAUGAAUGAUGCCUAUGAUAUAGUAAAGAUGAAGAAGUCUAACAUUUCCCCUAACUUCAAUUUCAUGGGCCAGCUGCUGGACUUUGAGAGGACCCUCGGAUUGAACAGUCCUUGUGAUAACCGAAUCACUACCCAGCCCCUCUACUUCUCUACUCCCACCAACCACAACGUUUUCCAGCUCGACCCUCUCGAGUCCACGUGAGCACAGUCAGCCCUGACCUGCCGGUGACUGCUCUGGAAAUAUUUUUUUUGUCUUUUUGUCAAGAACCUUUUGACAAGAUUGACAGAACUGGUCUGAACUAACAGCUGUCGGAUGUUCUUACUGAAGACGUGGGAGACUAAUCUAUGGAAGCAGCUGUAGCAGAGAGGGAGGGCCAGAACUUUCUUUCUUUCUUUCUUUCUUUCUUUCUGUCUCUUGGACUGAGAACAUUUAAUUGUCCCAAAGGUUAGAAGAGAAGAAAAAGGUGCACAGUUGCAUGUGUGCAGUGGACUGGAAAACCAAGAAUUCCAAAGAGACUUGGUUGGUUAACUGGACUUUUUAAAAGCACUUGCGCCUACAAACCUGAUUUUUUGCUUUGGGUGUAUAGCAGCUUAUAUAUACGUGUGUGUGUCUAUAUAAUAUAAAUAUAAAUAUAUAUAUAACCUUGUCUUCUGUGAAGACUGGCUUUAAGUGGGGGAUAUCUUGCUGAAUUACAGCAGUUUUUGAUACUUCCCAGGUUUUUUUUUUUUUUGUGGAGAAGUCUAUGUUUUUAAACCAUCUAUUAUAGAAAUUGUAAAAAAAUGUCUCCUAAUGGUGCAGUCUUGCUCUCUUGUGUUGGGGGGGGGAGGGGACAACUGUAAAUUGUUGGCUACUAAUUGUUUUCCAUAUAUGCAUCCGGAGUAUAACUCAAUCUAUAAUUGUUCUACUAUGCCAAAAAUAUUAAUUUGAAAUAGUAAUUGUGUAUUUGCCCACUCUCUACUUCUGAUGCUAAAUGAUGUAUGGGUUCAAUCUAUAGGCCUUUCUUUUGCUUUCACAAAAACAAAUUAGAACCACUUGCUUUAUGCCUUUAGCUUUAUACAUAGAAGUGCAACCUUCCUAUGAUUUUUUUUACAGUGCCCCUACAAGCGUAAACACACAGAUAUAGGUGUGUUCCUCUUAGUGUGUCACCAUGGUGUAUUAAAAAGAAUUGUACUCUGUAUUUAUUAUUAUUAAUAGCAACUUAAGUUAAUAUGAUCUUAAUGCACUCUAUUGCAUGGAGUAUAGCAUAGUUGUUCGUCUAUAUGAUAAGUGUUGCUUUUAGGUAUGAGGAAUUUUGGCCUUCCAGUGGUAGGUGGAAUCUAGGAGGGUUAAAGCAAGUGGAGUUUGUUUUUGUGCAGGCUUAUUUUAUUUUUUUUAUAUUCUGGUGGACGCUGUAUAUAUAAACAGAGAUGCAUUACCUCUGUAUCAAUCAUAUUCAGGGAACUUUAACCACACAAUGCAAUAGUCCAUGGUAAAGAAAAGAGAGACAAAUAGAAAUCUGUUUCUGCUGCAUUUGCAGAGAUGGCCAAUGGAGUGACCCCCUCUCCCCCUACACUAUCCUAUUUUUGGUAGAAAGUGGGAGUCUGCAUAUCUUAAGAAUGUAAACAUUUAAAUUAUUAAUAAAAAAACUAUUUUGUCUAUUUGGAACUGUA